CUUCUGUCACUUUGUAAACCGCCGUUCUUUUUCCUCGUCCUCUCCGUCCCGACCUCGACAACUGGCACUGCGUACCACCAUAAUCUCCUUUAACACCGCGACGGGCAUUAAAUGGCACUUUUUCUUUCAUCUUUUAGUAACCCCAUCCCUCUUUAAAAAUUCCGCCUAAAAAGAGAAAACGGUCUACCCCCAAUUUUGGGUUUUUAUCUCACGUUUACUAUAACUACCCGGAGGGCCUAGGGGCUGCUCUCUACAGGGAGCCCUUCGACUUCAACGCCGAGCCUCCUUGGGAUCCCAGCUGAUAGUAGGAGAGAUCCAGUUCGGGACUCGUCCAGUUAGUUGCCCUCUUCAGGCCGGUCACAUUCUUUAUGACUGUCGGAUUUACGGACAACGGUUGAGAUGAAAGGACUGGCUGAUGACGCGAGCUGCUCUGUGGCCCUACUGGACGGAGCCGUGGCGCUCGGCGACGUGGUCGAAAAUCACAUCUAUGAACAGACUAUGGCUGAGAAGAGUAUGUUCUUUGUGGCGGACCUGGGUGUGGUGAUGAGACGGCAUGUUCUCUGGCAGACCCACAUGACCCAGAUCAGGCCCCACUACACCGUCAGGUGCAACACCAGCCCGGCCGUCAUCGAGCUCCUGGCCGCCCUGGGAACCGGCUUCGUCUGUGCCAACAAGAGUGAACUGGAGCUGGUGCUAGGCUUCGGGGUUCCCUCUGAGGACAUUGUCUACAGUGGGGUCUGUAAGCAGCUCUCUCAGAUCAAGUACGCAGCCAAGAACGGGAUUAACCUGCUGGUGUGUGACAACGAGGCCGAGCUCCGCAAGAUCGCACGCUGCCAUCCCAGUGCCAAGCUGCUGCUCCAGGUGGCGACGGAGGCCUCCAGCCAGGGGGAGGAGCUGGCUGUGACCCCGGGCUCCAGCCUGAAGGAGUGCAGGCACCUGCUGGACAGUGCCAAGGAGCUGGGCCUGCAGGUGGUCGGGGCCAGGUUCCACAUCCCUGCUUCCUGUGACGACCCCGAGGUCUACACCCAUGCCGUCUCGGACGCCCGCUGUGUCUUUGACAUGGGGGAGGAUGUUGGCUUCAGUAUGAAAGUGCUGGACAUUGGAGGGGGGUUCAGUGGCUCAGAGGAUCAACUCCAGCAGAUCGAGGGCGCCGUCCGCCCGCUGAUGCAGCUCUACUUCCCCGCCUCCUCCGGCGUGUCCGUGGUGGCGGAGCCCGGCGCGUUCUUCGUCUCCUCGGCCUUCACCCUGGCCGUCAACAUCGUCGCCAAGGAAGUGGUGUCCCGGGACCGCCGGGGCCAGUCACACGACGAGCCGUCUGCCAACGAUGAACCCGAGUUCCUGUAUUACAUGAGCGACGGCGUCUACGGCUCCUUCGCCAGCAAGCUCACCGACGCCCUGAUCCCGGCGCCCACUGUGCACAAGGGCCCGGGGCCUGAGGAGCCUGUGUUCAGCAGCAGCCUGUGGGGGCCCUCGGGGGAUGACCUGGACCAGGUGGUGGAGCAGUGUCUGCUGCCGGAGCUCAGCGUAGGGGACUGGCUCCUCUUCCCAAGGGCAGGGGCCUACGGCCUGGGCCAGCCCUGCUCCAGCUCCCCUGACUCGGAUGUACCUCCAGUCUACUACUUCAUUUCCACCGGCGACUGGUUUCAGAUGCAGGAAGCCGGCGUUACCCAGGAGAUCACAGUGAAGAGCUUCUCAUUGAUCCCUUACUUCCUCCACUCCAGCCAAUCAGAGGGUGCCCUGUCCGUCCCAGCAUAGAGCGAGACUGCGUGGAGACAUCGCUACUUCCUCGUUUCUGAUGACCUCAGCUGGUCAGCAUUCCAUUGGGAAGGAUUAAAUGUUGCGGUCUGCUUUUUUCAUUUGUUAAGAAAUUGAGUGUGAUUUGUCGGGACCAGAUUGAAUUGGUGGCUCAUCAACACAAUGUGUUGUUGGAUUGUAACAGCUAUUCCUCUCCAGACAAAAUAAUUUAAUUUACUAUGAAACAAAAGGUAUAUAUUUAAGAUGGACAACUCCAACCUGCCAAUGGGUAUCACAAACACAUUUAUUUUAAUUUAAAUGUAAUUGUAAUGUAAAUACCGCUACAGUAGCAUCAUCAUGCCCUGGUGCUUGCCUUGUUGAUCAGCCAGUACCAUCAAAAGUGGGCCAGUUUAUUUAAGUGAACACACUUUUCAGAAUGCUUUUUAAAACGAUAUUUAUGUGUAUUUAUAGUUUUAGCAGUUGUGUCGUUUUGUUUUGCAAAUACGAAUGGGAUUUAUUUAGCACUUGCUUUCAGUCAGUAUUCAAAACAGGCUUUCACAACUCCAGGGCUAACUCACCAGACCCUUGAACAAUUGGCAGUUCCUCCCUCCCUACCUACCAACUCUGGUCACUGUUCUCCAUGUAAGGUACACUCGAAAUGUCCACUUGAGGAAGCAGGGAGGUGAGCUGGGAAGACGGGCUGUCUGGUCAUCUUGCCUGGGGUGGGAGGCUGAGAGCCCCUGGGGUCAGUACCCACCACCUGCCAGGUGAUUUUAGUGUUUUUUUUUAACUUUUUGUCAACAGCACAGUGAUGUUUAGCACCUGGAGUGAAGGCCAAGCUGCCAAACUACUGAAGUGUCAAGCAAUGUGGUCAUCAGAACUGGAUACACCAGCAUGUUGUCCUAGAUUUGUGCCAUGUAUCUCCUUGUCCACUCGGUUGGUGAAUUAUUCAUUGCCUUGUAUGAUGCUGCAUCAGGAGGUGGUAGAUUGGGUGGUUGUUGCUGUGUCACGUCAAAUCAAAAGGCUUGUAUUGAGAGGAAGUGCAGGAGAUGGUGCAGAGGAAGUGUUUUGAUGGGGAAGCAUCUUUUUUUUUCUUCUCACAGCUAGAGGAAGAGGCUUUCUGACAAGCAUGACGUUACUCGCUAAAUGUCAAGUUUAUACCAUAGUUAAAUGUGUCAUAAUUGAUGAUAAAUAUUCAAAGAAUAUUACCCUAGAAAAAGGUGCACAAAGUCAGUGAAUGUGUCCUGUAUUUGUGAGGAAUAGGCAAUUACACAGCCUAUAAAUUACUUGUAAUUGUGCCCAUACAAGUUAUGAAACACAUGAAUAAAGACUACCUUGUUGACUGGA